AUUUGACCACUUUGUCAAGUUCAUCUGGUCCUAGAGUUUCUGGUUCACCUUGUCAUCACAGUGAUUCUAAUUCAUCUGAAAAACACAUGUCACGAGCCUCUCAAAGAGAAGGAGUUUCGCCACGAAACAGUCUUGAAGUUUUAACUCCUGAAGUUCCUGGUGAGAGAGACCGUGGAAACUGCAUAACUUCCUUACAGUUGCAUCCCAAAGGCUGGGCCACUCUUCUUCGGUGCUCAAGCAACACUGAUGACCAGGAGUGGACUUGUGUUUAUGAAUUCCAAGAAGGAGCUCCUGUGCGGCCUGUCUCACCUCGCUGUUCCCUAAGACUGACUCAUUACAUUGAAGAAGCCAAUGUAGGCAGGGGAUACAUCAAAGAACUUUGCUUCAGCCCUGAUGGGCGAAUGGUUUCUUCCCCACAUGGCUAUGGGAUUCGCUUGUUGGGAUUUGACAAACAGUGCAAUGAACUUGUUGACUGUUUACCCAAAGAAGCCAGUCCUUUACGGGUGAUCCGCUCUCUGUACUCUCAUAACGAUGUGGUACUGACAACAAAGUUCUCCCCAACACACUGUCAGAUCGCCUCAGGGUGCCUUAGUGGACGGGUCUCUUUGUAUCAGCCAAAGUUUUAGGCACAACUUACAUCAAAUAGGGACUCUUCUGGUGUGUGACUUAUAAAUUACUUCCAUUUAGGUGAAGUAUUUUCUUUUAGAAGAUCUUCUAAGUUUGGGUCAAGACCCUGGUUCUUAUGGGUCCAUGAACACACCCGUGACCUGAGUACUUGGUCAUCCAGCAUCAUACAGGCAUCUCCAAGUUACACUCUAUGCAGCAGCAUCUUUUUCAGCACUCUUCUGCUCUGAUCUGUGCCAUUGAACUCCAGCUCUGGUUAUUUUGCAUGGUAGCUCUCUUACUAAGCUCUCUCCCUUUCUCCUUCCAUAUCUCCCUCCCUCCUUUCCUUUCCUUUCCUUGCUUCCUAAUUUCUUUUCUCUUUUUUGGUGUUUAUAUGAAUUUGUGAACAUUUGGCAGGAGUUUUGGUUGGAAUGAGAGAAACCUAUGACACUAGUAUUGAAUAAAACCCAGAAUCUGGAUGCUGGCAUGCUGAUUGUUGAAAAAGAAAUUUCAGAUACUUGCCCUUUUAAAGUUGCUGUUGUAUUUCUCUAUAUUGAGCACAGAUAAUGGCAUUAUUCUCAUAACUAUUAGAUAGUCUUGCAACAAAAUGUCUUUUAAGUUUCCUGUUAAAAUAUAAAGAAUUUUUCAUGUGAUAGUUUUUGUUGUGAAAUUCUAGGAAAAAUGUUACCACGUCUCUUUGUAAUUUAUUUUACUUGUAUGAAUUUUAAAUCUCCAGCAUAUAUUUGUUUUUAUAACAGCAUUGGAAAGGAAAGGAGAAGAAAUGGGCUUUAGUCAUUUCUGUUGUACAGAGAGAAUUUAUUUAUUAGAUUAGUACAAUAUCUGGUCACAGGGUAAAGAGAACAGCGUGACUUAGGUUUUCUUUUUCUUUUUGAACCACACAGAAUGAUGUGUUAACAGUAUUAAGGUAGAGGGGGAAUAUAGAGUAAAGAGUUGACAUUUUACUGUCUUUCUUCCUCUAGCUAGGAGCCACAAGCUCAACUGUCUCACCAUCAGUAAGCACAGAGCUACAGUCCUCUUCAAGACGUUGUAUAACCCUCGUAGUCAGUGACUUGGAUGCAACACUAAGUACUGACCAGAAUACCAUACCUUUCUUGUGUUUUGUGUGGAACACAUCAAGUGAAAGCAUCAGACAGGGUCAAGCCCAAGGUUCUGUUGAAUAGACAGCUUUCUUCCAGUCUCUUCCACAUCAAAUGGUGUGUGGUGAGAAGCAAUUUACCAGAGGCUAGAGUAAUUUAAGCUCCUACACUUGUCUUACCCUCUUAGGUCACAUGCUUUUUAGGCCAGUGGUUCUCAAACAUUCAGAUGCAUUAUAACCAUUGAAGAGCUUAUGAAAAAUGCAGAAAUUUAGGACUCACCUUAGGAGAUUCUGAUUCAGAAAUCUCAAGUAAGGUCCACAUAAUAGUUUGAAAACUACAACCUUAAAUAGCAGUAAGUACUUCUGUAUCCAUCUGGUGCUUAACACAAUUCCCACAAGGUGUUUUGAUUAUUUAAAUAGUAAUAAUAACAAGUAAAUGAAAGCAAUUUUAGAAAUAGAAAAUAACUUGAAAUGGAAUCACUUAUUUGACAAAUGAGAGAACUUAAGUGACUUGCCUAUGGUCUUUCAAAGUUAUUAGUAGAGCCAGAACUUGAAUUAAAGUCUGCUAAUUCCCUGCUUACAGCAGUUUCUGCUGUACCAUGAUACAGUCUGUACUGUGUUACAGUCAGUGACUUACAUGCUUUGUCUUUAAGUUAUAUUGUUCUGAAUACCCUUAAGAUGGCUAAUAGAUUGAAAAAAGGAAGGCAUGGGAGUAAAUGCUAAAAAUUUCCACUAUAAGAAGAAAAGUUUUUAAAUCUUACAGAAAUGUUUAAACAGCUCAAUACAUGGAUAAAAAUGACAUUUCUUUGUAGGAUCUAUUGAACAGCCACUUACUUAUUUAAGAAGUUAUACUUAAUUUGGAACAAUGUUGGCUCUAGAAUAGAUUUUUAAAAUUAGGUCACCUUACCACGACUAUUGAAAAAAUUAAGAAUUCUGUAGUCAGUGAAAAAAUUACUCACAAAGCACACUGAAAACA